AUGCUCCGUGGGGUCUCUACGGCCGGGAGCGGCGGAGGCUGCGCAAGUGCCGGGUCCCACCGCAGCCGAGGGUGCGAGGAGCUCGGCGCUAGGGCCCCUGGGCCUCGGGGAGACCGGCAGCCGCCGCCCCCAGGGACCGGAGGGGAUGAGGGCCCUGGCGCCGGCUCGGCUUCGGCGGGCGGCUCUAGGCUGGCGGCGGCGGCCCCCGGGGACAAGCCUUUGUGCUGGGCCCCGCGCGGACGCCUCCCGGCUUCAUCCCCAGCCGGGGAGGCAGGCUCCCGGGGCAGGGCGAGGCGGGGAGGGUCCCCGUCCGGGGCGCUGUGCAGAGGCCUCGCGGGGCCGCCGAUUAGGCCCGGGCUCGCCAGGUCCUAA